CCCUCAGGUAACCUAGACAAUCCGGAGGGUGGGCUGGAUGCCCUGCUUCAGGUGGCCGUUUGCAACCGCGACGUUGGUUGGCGAUCCCAUGCACGUAAGAUUGUGCUGUACGCAUCUGAUGGCGGCUUCCAUUUGGCUGGUGACGGACGAAUCGCCGGCCUUGUGAUGCCAGCGCGUACUUCGUGUCAGCUAUCCUUUGGAAAAGAUCGUUUUAAUUCCUCGAUCGAGUAUUUCGGAUGGCACAACUUCGAUGAGACUGAUUACCCUAGCGUUGGAGAGGUGACUCAUAAAUUCUCAAUAUUUGACAGAGAACGUUGUUGA